AUGUUUGAUACUACUUGUAAAUUAAUAGUUUGGGAGCUUGGACUUUGUUUUACAAAUGUUGGAGAGUUUAGAAAAGCUCUUACUAGAUAUGUUGUUCAAGAACAUGUAGAGUUAAAUAAGUUUGUGAAUGAAUCAAAAAAGGUUAGAGUAAAGUGUGUAGAUGGUUGUCCAUGGUUGUUGUUUUCAAGCAUUGAUUCCAGGACUACAGAUUUUCUAGUUAAGAAGUACAUUCCAGUCCACAAGUGUAAUGCCACAACAAAGAAUAAAUUGGUGAAUUCUAAGUACUUGGCAGAAAGGUACAGGGACAGAAUAACAUCAGAACCUGGAAUUAGAGUUUUUCAGAUUCAAGAGUUAGUAAAAAAUGAUUUGGAGGUAUAUAUAAAGAGGACUGUAGCAACAAAAGCUAGCAACAUUGUGUUGCAGAAAAUUAUGGGUGAUCAUGUAGAGGAGUUCAAAAGAAUUUUGGAUUAUAGGGAUAAGCUUUUAAAGACCAAUCCAGGUAGUACAUGUAGAGCAUUCAAAGCUGGUGUCAGGAGAUGUAUUAGGUUUGAUGGUUGUUUUUUGAAAGGUGUUUGUAAGGGUCAAUUACUUGUGGCUGUUUGUAAGGAUGGUAAUAACCAGAUGCUACCACUAGCUUGGGCAGUGGUUGAAGUUGAAAACAAAUUCACUUGGAGAUGGUUUGUUAGACUUCUAAAAAAUGAUCUUGAGCUUGGAGAUGGGUAUGAAGUGACUACUAUUACUGAUAUACAGAAG